UUGAAUAAUACAGUUUGUUUUUGUCACGCAAAAUUAAUUUAAUACCUAAUGAUUUCUUGCAAAUCGAAUACUAUCAAAUGUCUAAAAUGUCGCACUAAAUUAAUCGAUGACAUAUCUCUUAUUACUAAUCAGAACUUUCAAUGUGAUCCACAGAAGUGCAACAGUUACGACAUUAAGAAAGUGAUUUAUUUAAUGGAAGACAAAUUGCCCGAAUGGAUUAAGUCCAGAAUUGAAAAUGAGCAAUGGACCAAAGGUAGAUUAAACUGUGAAAAAUGCAGUUGCAGAAUCGGAUCAUUCGACUACAUUUCUGGGAGAAAAUGUGAAUGUGGUGAAACAGUUUUACCACCAGUACACUUUACUAGCAGCCAAGUGGAUAGACCUAUAUUAUCUGAAAAUGCAUUAAAAUUAAAUAAAUCAAACACUGAAUGAAAAGAAAAUAAUUCAUUACUGAUGAUAAGCUUUUAUUACUAUUUAAUAAACAUUUUUUUAAU